AUGGCAAGGCAUGGUGAACAACGUGCUCGUAUAUGACUUCAUGGCCAACCGAGACCUCGAGUCCUGGAUUGGACCAGGUGCACCAAGCCCUCUUUCACUGUUGCAACAGCUGGACAUUCUAAUCGGGGUGGCAAAGGGGCUGCAGUACCUGCAUGACUUCGGUAUAGUGCAUCACGACAUCAAGCCAGCCAACAUUCUCCUUGACACAAAGAUGCAGUCCAGAAUUGCAGACUUCGGUCUUGUGAAACUCACUGAGGGCACCACUAUGGGCACACCUGUGGCUGCCACUCGAGUGAUGGGAACACCGGGCUAUGUGGACCCUGCAUACUAAAAGUCACACAAGGCCAUUACA